GAAUAUGUCUCUUAUGAUUUGUUGUUUAUUUUCCAGGUUAUUAUCUAAAAAUUCUGAAUGCAGAAUGGUUAAAAUCCCAAUUGAAGGGAAGUGAAACAAAUCUUGAAAAACUCCUUUGGAUAAAAAAAUGUGUAGUAGUAAUCACCAAAUCAGACUGUUAGAAUAGUUCAAGGGACAAAAAUGCUUCUUCACUUGGGUUGUUUGGUUUGUUGGUUUUCAUAGAGACCCGGAGAGCCAGACAAGGUAGACUCACAUUCUCUAUUGGAGACCUCAAUUGCUUCAUACCCUUCAAAAAUUUUGUUCUUUUCUUUUGUGAGUCCAGUUUGUUGGUUUCUUACAGUAUCCUUUUGAGAUUUCUGAGCAUCAUAGUGGUUGUCUUGGAGGGGUUUUAGGUUUUAGCCCAAUAGCCACCUUGUUUCCGUGCUCCAAAACUACCCAGCAGCUGUUAUUGAUGGCGGCGGUGGCGGUGGUGGUGGUACUGGCAUUAAUGGUGUUGCAGAACUAGAAAUUUCAAUCUUCUAUUAAAGAAGGCUUUGAGGUGGUUGAAGCGUUUGGUUCACAAUUCAGUUUUAUUCUCUCUGUUCAUCAAUUGUCAACCUUGUCUCCCAAAUGGGUUUUAGUUUCUUUGGUUUUGUGAUCAUUCUAUCACUGUUCUUCAAGCAUUUGGCUUGUCAACAGCCUAACACAGAUGAGUUUUUUGUCUCUGAGUUCUUGAAGAAAAUGGGUUUAGCCUCUUCUCAAAAUUACAACUUUUCUGGUGAUGAUGUUUGUUCAUGGCAUGGUGUGUUCUGUGAUGCCCAGAAAGAGCAUGUUACUAGUUUACUGGCUUCAGGCUUAGGCCUCUCCGGUGCCAUUCCAGAAAUCACUAUUGGAAAGCUAACUCAUCUUCAAUCUUUGGAUCUCAGCAACAACAAAAUCACAGCUUUGCCUUCAGAUUUUUGGAGUUUGGGUUCACUCAAGAGUCUCAAUCUGUCAUGCAACCAGAUUUCUGGGUCUCUUUCCAACAACAUUGACAAUUUUGGUUUGCUUGAAACCGUUGAUCUCUCCAGCAACAAUUUCUCCUCGGAAAUUCCGGCAGCUAUCAGUUCACUCAAGGCAUUGAAAGUUCUUAAACUUGAUAGAAAUGGAUUUCAAGGGAGUAUCCCAUCAGGAAUUCUGAAUUGCCAAUCAUUGGUUUCACUCGAUCUCUCUUCAAACCAGUUAUCUGGGUCUUUGCCACAUGGCUUUGGUGCAGCAUUUCCUAAGCUGAAAAGCUUGAACCUUGCAGCAAAUAAGAUCCCUGGCCGGGGCACAGAUUUCGCAGGAAUGGAAUCUGUUUCAACCUUGAACAUUUCCGGAAAUCUGUUCCAAGGUUCAGUGAUGGGUCUGUUCCAGGGGAUGUUGCAGGUGAUUGACCUGAGCAAUAACGAGUUUCACGGUCACAUUUCUCAGGUACCAUCAAAUUCUACCUUCAAUUGGUCUCAUUUGGCUUUUCUAGACUUGUCUGAGAAUCAACUUAGUGGAGAAAUGUUCCAAAUUUUGAAUCAAGCUCAGAAUCUUAAGCAUCUUAAUCUUGCAUGCAAUAGAUUUACUAGACAGAAAUUUCCACCAGUUGAACUGCCCAUGGGUUUAGAGUAUCUUAAUUUGUCCAAAACUAGACUCAUUGGCCGUAUACCUAGUGAAGUCUCUAAACUGAGCAAUUUGCAUUCUCUUGAUCUUUCGGUCAACAACCUUACUGGUCCAAUUCCAUCUUUGAGUGUCAAAAACCUUGAUGUUGUUGAUGUUUCACACAACAAUUUGAGUGGACAAAUCCCAGCUUCUCUCUUACAAAGACUCCAGUCCAUGGAGAGGUUCAAUUUCUCUUACAACAACUUGACCCUAUGUGCUUCGUGGUUAUCCCUCAAGACCUUACAAUCAGCAUUCUUUGGUUCCCAAAACAGCUGUCCAAUUGCUGCUCAGCCAGUACUUUUUAGAAGAAGAGCCAACAAACACAAGCUGUUAGCUCUUGCUCUGGCUUUAACCUUCUCAAUGAUCUGCUUGCUUGCUGGGCUGCUAUUUCUAGCCUUUGGUUGCAGGAGGAGAUCCAGAACUUGGGUUGUAAAGCAACCUUCAUACAAAGAAGAACAAUCUGUUUCAGGUCCAUUUUCCUUCCAAACUGAUUCAACCACAUGGGUAGCUGAUGUUAAGCAAGCAAACUCAGUCCCAGUAGUGAUAUUUGAGAAACCAUUGCUCAAUAUCACAUUUGCAGACCUCUUGUCUGCAACUUCAAAUUUUGAUCGGGGCACUCUUCUUGCGGAAGGAAAAUUUGGUCCUGUUUAUAGAGGAUUCUUGCCUGGUGGAAUUCAUGUAGCAGUUAAAGUAUUAGUCCAUGGAUCAACAUUGACAGACCAAGAAGCUGCAAAAGAGCUUGAGUAUCUUGGUAGAAUAAAACACCCAAAUCUUGUUCCUUUGACUGGAUAUUGCUUGGCUGGGGAUCAAAGGAUUGCUAUUUAUGAUUACAUGGAGAAUGGUAAUUUGCAGAACUUGCUACAUGACUUGCCCCUUGGUGUUCAGGCUACUGAGGACUGGAGCACUGAUACCUGGGAAGAAGAUAACGAUGCGAUUCAAAAUGUUGGCUCUGAAGGGUUGUUGACAACUUGGAGAUUUCGACAUAAAAUAGCACUUGGCACAGCAAGAGCACUGGCGUUUCUCCAUCAUGGUUGCUUCCCUUCCAUAAUUCACAGGGAUGUUAAGGCUAGCAGUGUCUAUCUUGACUUAAAUUUGGAGCCAAGACUAUCUGACUUUGGAUUGGCAAAGAUUUUUGGAACUGGUUUAGAUGAUGAAAUUGCUCGAGGGUCACCUGGGUAUAUGGCACCUGAGUUUUCUCAGCCUGAGUGUGACUCGCCAACACCUAAAUCAGAUGUUUAUUGCUUUGGAGUUGUUCUGUUUGAGCUAAUCACUGGGAAGAAGCCAAUUGGGGAUGAUUACCCUGAUGAGAAAGAAGCAACUUUGGUGAGUUGGGUCAGAGGACUGAUAAGGAAGAACCAAGGAUCAAGAGCUAUUGAUCCUAAAAUCCGUGACACAGGACCAGAUGACCAAAUGGAGGAAGCCCUCAAGAUUGGUUAUCUCUGCACAGCUGACCUUCCCUCCAAACGACCAAGCAUGCAGCAGAUUGUUGGACUUCUCAAAGAUAUUGAACCAAAAGCUCAUCAAUGAAAAACAAAAUCAAGUUGGUCCUUCUGCCUUUUUUCUUCUCUGAAAUCUGUUCCCCCCCUCUUUCAUUUUUUGUGUUUUGAGUGCUAUGCUAUCAUGGGAAGAAAUGUACAGUAGUGGUUAAAUUAUGUUUCUAUGCACUGAUGUCUUUCUUUUCAACCUUUCCAUUGUUGAUGGCAUCAAGUGUUAGCUUAUAUAACACGAGUUCGAUCUUUAAAGAUAAUUUUCUUGUCUGCUAGAUACUCAUCGAGUCUUGUCUUUAUUGCAAGUCACGCUUUUAUUUCUCAGAUGUUGAAGCAAAUUCCAUUUUUUGGUGUAGCAAGAUGCUCGUGCUUUACUUUAUUCACUUGUAUGCAGUGGAAGUGGAUGCAGUGGUAGUUGGGAGCACCUUAACUGGCUGAGAGCACCAUGGACCACUAGUUCAUCAUUAACGUUAGUGUAGUUUUAUCUGGAAAGAACAAUGGAAGAGCUUGCUUGUUACAUUUUUGGCCUUAACAGCGGUGAUUAUGGUUAAAAUCAUAAAAUAUGCAAAGGAGCAGAGGUGUGACUAUGACAGAUUCCCACCAUAAUGUAAUCAUACAGCUUGCUAAAGUUAAUAAUUUAACAUUGGGUGCAUGUUAAUGAUGAUCUUCAAAUGGGGGUGAAUGCCAACCUCAUGAUUGAAGGGUUCUGCGCCUUUUUCCAAAUAUAAAAUGGUAAGGUCGUA